AUGCCUCCCAAGAAGACCGCCACCCGUGCUCCCCAGGAGAACAUCUCCCUCGGACCUUCCGUUCGCGAUGGCGAGCUGGUCUUCGGCGUUGCCCGUAUCUUCGCCUCCUUCAACGAUACCUUCGUCCACGUCACCGAUCUGAGUGGCCGUGAGACUAUCACCCGUGUUACUGGUGGUAUGAAGGUCAAGGCCGACCGUGACGAGUCCUCCCCUUACGCUGCCAUGUUGGCUGCCCAGGACGUCGCUGCCCGCUGCAAGGAGCUUGGCAUCAACGCUCUUCACAUCAAGAUCCGUGCCACUGGUGGUAACGGUACCAAGACCCCCGGUCCCGGUGCCCAGUCCGCUCUCCGUGCCCUUGCCCGUGCUGGCAUGAAGAUUGGCCGAAUUGAGGACGUUACCCCUACUCCUUCCGACUCUACCCGCAGAAAGGGUGGUCGCCGUGGUCGUCGUCUCUGA